UUUUCAAAUCGUAGCUGACGGAGCUGUCAAAACAUACACGGGAGCAGCGAGUGACUGUGUUUUAGGCUGACGCCAUGAGGACGAGUGAGUUUGACUCCUCAUCUGAGGACGAGGAGGUCGGAGAGGAGCAGCUGACGCCCUUCCACAUUUCCUGGUUGCCUCUGUCCGUGGUGGAGUGCUCACAGUUUCUUGGGAUAUGUGCACUACCAGGUUGCAAAUACAAAGAGAUCCGCAGGAGUCUGCAAAGAGACGUUGAGGAGCUCCAGAACCAGGGGGUACAAGAUGUGUUUGUUUUCUGCACCAGGGGGGAACUUAACAAGUACAGGGUUCCCUCCCUGCUGGAGGUCUACCAACAACGAGGCUUCACAGUUCACCACAUGCCCUUCCCAGACGGAGACGCUCCUGAGCUGGAGCAGUGCUGCCAGAUCCUUGAGGAGCUGCAGGUCAGCCUCGAGAACAACAGGAGGACGCUGAUCCACUGUUUCGGAGGCCUGGGACGCUCAGGAUUAAUCGCUGCCUGUCUGCUGCUUCAGCUCUCUUCAACAAUGACAGCAAACAAAGCAAUCGAAAUCCUCAGGGAGCACAGAGGAGGAGGGGCGAUACAAACGGUGAAGCAAUACAACUUCCUCCACGACUUUCAAGAAAGGUACGCAGCGUAUCAGCAGAGCAGAGAAGUUUCCACAGAGCGCUCAGUGUCUCGGUGAUCACCGCUCCUCACAUCACGAGCUGUGAAAUGAUUGAUUGCUUCAGCCUUUGCUCUUAUGCCACUGAUUCUCCUUUGAUUGUGUGUGUGUGAGAGAUAUAAUUGUAUUCUCUAAUGAUUGCACUUUAACAGAAUACUCUAAUAUAUUGCUUUUUCUCAUCCUCAUUAUAAUUGAAUAAACACUUAAUGAGGAAAUCCUGUUGUGUUGGCAGUGAGUUGAAAAUGUUGUGGUGUUUUAUGUUUAGAAUAAUGGAAGUUUCUGUUUAUAAUUGUUGAGGCUAUCAAAUGAAGUGCAACCAGACUUUUGUAUGAAAUACUUUGCUUGAAAAGUGACUUUAACUUGACUUUGUAAACCUCACUUGAAUCAAUAUCACAAGAGCUAUAUUGAAAUGUGCUUAUUGAUAGUGUGAUAUUGAGUCAAGGGAGAUUUAAUGAAAGUGAGUUUUCAUGACGGUGAACUGUUUCACAGUUUUCCAUCAAACAUCCUGACUAAUUUUCCAUUGUUUUUAAUUUAAUUGUUUUGCCGGGAAUAAUUAACUCGGACAACAGAGUUUUAUGUCAUCACGAUACAUCAGGGUUCUUCUCUAAAUCUGUUGAACUGCAAACCUCUGCUGCUGCUAUUUCUCAAUCAUGUCUUUCACAUAGUGUCACGUGUAACUGCUUUGUCCAGCAAAAUUCCCUUGAGCAAGGCAUAGCAGCGUGCUCACUAAUGUUAGACAGCAACUUUGAUAGGACAACUUUGACAUUCCUGAUCAACCCUGUAUAUUUCUGUUGAAGUGCAUUUGUAAAAUGAGCCCUCAUUUUAGCAAAUGUGAUUUAACCUCAAACUAUUUGAGAUUUCAAGAUCAUUAAGUCUAUGUCCCACAUGAAAGAAAAUCCUUAUUUGUCCAUUUUUGCCUUAUGUUCUUAUUUCCUUUAAAAUAUGUAAUAUAUAUAAAUAUAUACAUAGGGUUAGGGUUAAUAUAUCUAGAUAAAUAGAUAUAUCUAAAAUAACAUUCCAGUCCAUAUUAAGAG